UCGUUCUGUGCAUCGAAACUACGUAAAUGGAGAACUUGCUUUUUUUCUGUUUGCAAGGACAAAAGAGAAGAGGAAAAAGCCCUCAGUGUUCUCAUGAUAUGAGAUUUAAAAUGAAGCUGCAGUGUCUGUUCCUUCUUUCAUUAGAUGUUUCCGGAUGCAUCGGCCUGCAGAUGGUCCAUGAGUUUGAUGACAUUAACCUGAGACUUGAGUUCCCGCCACUUUACAGAGGAUAUGUCAAGUCGUGCUGCAAGGUGUAUUCAAACGGGUGUCAAACCCUCCUGGACAAUACAGGCUACACCGCUGACUUCCUGAGAGGAAGAGUGAGCUUCACCGAGACAAACAGCUGGAUUGAGUUCAAAGUGGCUCAGGCGCAGACGGCAGAUGAAGGCUACUACAGAUGUGUGCUGCUGGGCGCUCCUGCCUACGUUUACGCGGAUCAGUGGGUUUACGUCAUUGGCAUCUCAGCUGACCAGGACAAGCAGUACCGGACCCCGUUGCCGACCAUAACCGAGAGCCCGGAGUUGACCGGGACUCAAAUGGCACAAGUGACCAGUGACCAUUUCAUAAGCAGAACCAUUUGGACUUUUGCCACCCUCGCCGCCAUCAUUAUGAUUGUUGUUGUUGCCUCAGUGAUCGGAGCGCUUUGCUUCAGAAGCAAAACCAAAUCCAAACACUUGGGCAAGUGUGCAAAAGGUCCGCCUGAGUCAUCCAAAGAAGACGCCAUAGAGACGUCUGACGUCAUCUACACGACAGUAGACUUCCCAAGUGAGCUGUACGUCACGGGAGCACCUGAUGCUGGUGUGGUAGAGUACUCUGUACUCGCUGUCCACCGGUGAAUGUGCUUGCAACCGCAAGGGGCAACGUUAGGACUUUACAUAUACUAUGUAAAAUUGACUUUUGAUUGUAUUUGUAUCCAAGAUUGUGUACCAACCCACCAAGUGGGGAAAUUAAACACCCAAGUCAUUUUUAUUGUGCCCUGACCAUUUGAAAAAAUGAUUGCUAUAAAGGUGUGGCUAAUUGAUCACCAGUAUUAGUGACAAUUAUCUUUAGCUAAUAGCAUCAUCAGCGUUAGUUUGUGAUAAUGUUCAAAAAGAGUACGCAACAAGAGUAAAUUGUUGCAUUAAAUUAACAUUUUUCCCCCAAAUUAGUUCUUUAAAAACAAAUUAAUAUUAAUUAUUUAAAUUAAUUAAUAUGGCUUCAAAAUCCCAAUGUUUACCAUUGUAUAAUAACAGCCAUCCACCAUGCAAAACAUUUUUGAUGUGAAGAUGUUUUUGUUAGUUUUCAGGGAUGUUUUCCGGUUACCAAUGUUUUAUUUCAGUUGAUCUCUGAAAUAACUUUUUUUUAAUCUUUUGGAUAUAUUGACUUUAGCAGGCAGGCUAAUUCCAGUUUAAAGACUAAAGAAAGAAUUUGUGUGCUUAUCGUUCACUGUGAGACCUUUUCACAAUCUAAGCUCUGUUAUCAUGUCAUCUUUUUUCUUCUUUGAGUCUGGUUACUGGCUACGAGACAGCCGCUCGAUAUUUUAUUCUUAGUCCAAGCUUUUGCCUGUUUUUCAAAAAUCCAAUAGAUUCAAUAGUGGAUUGAGUGUCACGUCUGUGACAUUUGAGUGCAACAAUGACAAGCCAGAUAAAGAUCAUUAUUUGCUCUCACUUCACUGAUAAAAUCGGACACACUGUAUGACAUUCAUGACAAAAACGGAGGGACCGUUCCUAGCCUCAAGUGGUUUACAGAAUCAUUGUUUUGACGUAUAUUUGAGUGAUUUUCGUCACAGUUUUGUAGCAUUUAUGGGUGAUUGACGCUAUGCUAACUGAUCAAGAACAAGUCUAGCUAUAUAAUAAAAAGAAAAAUGUU